CACAAGCUGUCUUACUACUGCUAUUAGCAACAAGUGUGCAGUGCAGCUUGCUGCAGAAUAGAGAGGGGAAUAGUCAUUUGAAGAAAUUUAUACUGUGGGGAAGUGCAGUUUUGCUAUACUGGAUUGCACGACUCAGAAAUAUUUCUGACUAUAGCUUGCAGACCAAAGAAGAGAGAGCAAACAUUACUGCUUAAAGAGACUGACACUGUUGGGAAGCCUCAUUUCUGGAGAAACUGGACACUUGCUGCAGACAAGAGGCAGAACGAAGUGGUUGUGAAGAGAUUAACAGUGUUGGGAAGCUACAUUUCUGUAGAACUUGGACUGUAAGUGAGUGCAGGACUGGAAGGACACUUGUUGCAAAUACAGAGUGACCCAGCAGAAAGCUGAAGUUGAAACUGCAGGCAGACAACAACAUCUCUCUAACCGGUCCAACAUGUCUUUAGAUGUGAAAGAAAAGACCCAGGUGCGUCUAGUGUUCAUGGGAGCAGCUGGCGUGGGCAAGACAUCACUUAUCCGCCGCUUCCUGCAGGACUCCUUCGAAUCCAAGCAUAGGCGCACGGUGGAGGAGCUCCACAGCAAAGACUAUGAGAUUGCUGGUGUCAAGGUCACAGUAGAGAUCAUGGACACUAGUGGUAGCUACUCUUUCCCAGCUAUGCGCAAGCUGUCCAUCCAAAGCAGUGAUGCCUUCGCCCUCAUCUACGCCAUUGACGAUCCCGAAUCUCUAGAGGUCGUCAAGAGCCUGCGGGAUGAGAUCCUGGAAAUUAAAGAGGACAAGCUCACACCUAUUGUAGUGGUGGGCAACAAGACAGACAAGACAGACCGGCAGGUGCAGGCCGAUGAUGUCCUUUCAAUGGUGGAGCUGGACUGGAACAAUUCUUAUCUAGAGACUUCCGCCAAGGAGAAUGAAAAUGUGGUGGAAGUCUUCAGAGAGUUGCUUCAGCAAGCCAACCUGCCAAGCCGUCUGAGUCCAGCCCUGAGGCGCCGCAGGGAGACCUUUCCCAAAGACACAGACUUCCGGCCACCCAUGAACAAGACCAACAGCUGUACGGUGUCUUAAAGUGAUCACAAAUGUUGCACAAUUUUUCCUCUUGUGCCAAGUUUCAUGAGUUAACAAAGACAUGCCUGGUGUCCAGUGUUUGUUUCUUAAGCUUUGCGCUGGAGCUAUAGGGCUAAUGUAGCUAACAGGUAAUGGUCUGCAAGUUAGUACUGCAUCACAAAUGUAGCAUUGUUAAGCACUCUAAAACAGACUUGCCCAUGUGACUUCUGACACAGUGUCAUGGUGUGAUAUAUAAAAAUGUCAUUUGAUUGAUUAGUGAACAUGAUUUGUUAGCUCUGGUGCAAAACUAACCAAACUGACAUCAAACAUGCCUUGGCUGACACUUGGAAUACAGAGGGGAAAAUUGUGCAAAUAGUAUUGCUGAAAUAUUCCUUUGGUGGAGGGAGAGAAGAGAUGAUGGAGGACGGGUAGGCGUCCCCUUGUUGCAAGGAACAUCCUAUGAUCCUGAAGAUACCUGUGGACUCACUUGGAUGGGAUUCCUAUUCUCUCAGCUGCCACAGCAGAACAACAGCUAUUGCUGAACAGGACACACCAGCCAAAGAGCAGCUGAAUACUACACUUCCCAUAAUUCCUUUCAAAUCCCAUCUCUGCUUCCUAACUGCAGGUAAGAAUGUUCCAGUGAAGAUGAUAAAUGAAUACAGAUGUGAAGAACUGAUAAAGAAGACUGAUUUCAUGCUACAAAAUCAGUCAAUGACCUGAGAUCAAUGUGUUGAUUCAUAUUUCGUGACACUUUGUAACAAAAGCACAUUGCUUCAUAUUGUGAAAAGUGCUAAUAGAUGAAUAUAUAUGAGCUUUAUGGACUGCAAAGUUUUUUUUUUUGUUGUUGUUGUUUUUUUUUAGAUGUGUACAUUUUCCACCAUACACUGUAUGAAAAUGAUAUGUUUACAACAAUAGGGGCUUGUAUAUAAAUGAACCCCAUAUGUUCUGUUAAGCAUGAAUUUGUAAUGUCACUGUGUUAAUUUCAGUAAUGCUAUCAUACACUUUCACGACGUUUUACAUGUUUUAAGUUUUGUUUUAUGUGAGAAUUUUUUUACAUCAGCUGUACACUGUGGGCUACCAUGUAAUGAAUGUUUUAAAAUUAAAUAAAUGAAUAAAUAAAUAAA